AUGUCUGCCAACAGGUCUCUGAAAGUUGGUAACGUCACCGGCGAUGGUGGACGAGCCACUGGUUACCAAGCAAUCAGGCUGGGACCAGCGUCCUACCAACAGCCUAGUGGAUCAGGUGGUGCAAGCGGAGGAGAUGGAGCUGAAAUAUCCUUCGCUACUUCGGGUCAAUACCACAAUGUCGAGGCUGGUGAUAUCUCCAGCAACGGAGGUGACGCCCAGCUCCAGGGAAGGAACAGCUACUCUCGAACUGGUAUCGUGACCUCGGGCAAGGCGGCCGCUGGAGGCGCAGGAAAAAUCACAAUUGGAUAG